AUGGCAGAUGAUCCAAAACCAAAAAGACGUCGCCGCUCCCGGAGAGGCAGCGCAGUCAAAACGCAGGGCACAUCCCAAGCCUCACCCAAGAAAAAUGUCCAAUGUCCCGAUUGUUCAAAAAGGUUUGUUAACAUUCAGUCUCUGAAGCAACAUCGGGCCGAAAAACACUCGGAGAUGAACCGUAGUGAAGCUAUUGUGGGCAAUUAUGCCGGUAGAGCCGAAGGGGUCAAACAUCCGCGCGAUAUAACCGCUGAAGCUGGGGCAAUAUUCGAGGCUCGGACCAUAAUAUCCGCCGAUGAGCACGCCGGACUUCUGGCUUUGCUUGAGCAACAGUGUCAUUCAUUGGAUGAGCUCCCUAAAAUGUAUCGAUUGAAACAGUACAGCGAGGAGGAGAUCGAUGGUGUUAGCGUCUGCAAGAGAUGCCAUGGAAUGAAACGAGACAUUGAGGGAAGAAAAAGUUGUACUUACCACACUGAGAAACCUAAGCCGAUGCCUGCUGGAACGAGCCAGAAAAAACCCGUCUACAAAUGUUGCAACACCAACAGCAAAGGAUGCGUAAAUGUUCCUACUCACGAGUACAUGCUCCCCAGUAAAGGUCUUGCCUCUCGACUCCGCAAAUGUCAGCUCACCCCGCUAGACCAAAGCUCCACUGCCCCCAAGCGCGCCGCUAUCGCGCUUGAUUGUGAAAUGGUCGGUACUGUCGCGGGAGAUUAUCCAGUCAGCCUUAGCGCUGUCGACUAUUUAACUGGUGAAGUUAUUCUCAACCGCCUUGUACGCCCGUUGGUAAAAGUAACGGACUGGCGUGUGCGCAUCACGGGAGUGACCGAGAAAACAAUCGCGCAAGACAGAGCAGCACUGGAAGGAUGGGAAGCUGCCCGAGCCGAACUAUGGGCUUUUAUGAACCCACAAACUAUCCUCAUUGGACAUUCUCUAGCCAAUGAUUUGAAAGUCCUGGGGAUGGUGCACACUCGAAUUGUUGACUCGGAGAUUCUCACAAAAAAGGCAGUCGGUCCGACGUGCAAGCGGGUCUGGGGUUUGAAGACGCUCUGCGAAACAUUCCUGGGAAUCCGCAUCCAGGCCGGUAAAAAAGGACAUAGCAGUUUGGAAGAUGCACUUGCUACCCGUGAAAUCGUCCUAUGGUGUACCAAGAAUCCGGAACAUCUUGCUACUUGGGCGGAACAGAAAAGGGUACAGCUUGCGGAAGAGCGUGCGCUUAUCGAACUAGCGAAGAACGAAUUGAAGCAAAAGAAAAUGGAAGACGGACAAAAGGAGGGGCGGGCACUUCCAAUUUUGACACGGCGGUCUGAAGUGUUAGGGAAGAGGAAAGCAGAGACCCUGAUAAUUGAAAUCAGCGAGUCUGAGGAUACCGCCGACGAUCUUGAUUUUUAG